GCUAUAGCAUCAUUCAAAGCGGAGAAGACGUGGAGGGAGACGGAGCCCCGUCGUCCACUCCAACUGCUCCUGCGGUUCCACUUGAGCUGGUUUUUGUUGCCUCCUGACUUGCUGACCUUCUGGCCUACUGACCUGUCCGGAACCCUCCCUUCUCCCCUCGGGACUUGCUUGACCCCCUGCUACUUUUUCCGGAGCCCCCUUCUACUCCUCCCAGGAGGCCACACCUCCUUCCUGCCACACCCCCUCCCCAAGCCCCUCCCCAAUUCCAAAUCCAACCUCUCUCCACCCCUCCCCACACCUCCCACCCUACCUCUUAGCGGGCAACCUCAGAGCCCCUGAGAGGACCAGGGUAUGGAGGUGAAGAGACUGCUCUUCUGGAUCCUCCUACUCAGGUCUCCGCUUUACCCAAAGAUGCAUCUGGUGCAUAUUCUGCCUGACCAUUUCCAUCUUGGGCCUGAUGCUUAUGAAAUUCUUUGGAAGCUUACCAUGAUUACUGCCUCCUUGGGAAUUUCUGCAUUUGUUGUUUUCUUCUGGAGGACUAUCCUUGCUGUAAAGCCCCCAGUAUAUCAAGUUACCUUGCAGCAAAUAUCAGCGAAAAUCAAUAAUUUUGUGAAGGAAAACAGACAACUUGCAGAAAAUAUAUCCAUUAUGGAACAGAAGAUCAAGGACUCAAAGAAACAUCUUCAAGAAACUAGGAGACAAAAUAAGAUACUCUCUCAUGAAGCACUAAAAUUUAAGGAUAACAUCAAAACAAUUGAGAGGGCUAAUGAAUAUCUGAAUGACCUCCUUCAAAGUUCUCAUGCUAGGUUGCGGUCUGUGACCAGUCAGAAUGUCAAGACACCCAACUUGAUACAGGAAAAAGAAAAUUCUGCAAAGAACAUGAAAGACGCUCUUUUAGCGAACACCUCAGCAAUUUCAGAGUUUGAAAGUGCCUUUAAUGAAGCUUGUGUCAAGGAAGUGGAAGUGAAACCUGAAGAACUGCGUGAACAGAAUAUUCAGCUCAACACUGAGAAGAAUCAGUUACAAGAUGCCAAUGCUGAAUUUAAGGAUUCAGAGCUGAGAACCUUGAGAAUCAAAAACUGUGAACUUAUAGAAGGUGAAAAGAACCUGAAAGACAUCUGUGAUGCACUGAGGUCUGUGAAAGCAGAGAAGGAAAUGGAAUUAAAAAUGCUGAAGAGAAAUGAAGCCUUCCUUAUUGAAUUCUAUGAGCAAAGAAAAAUGGCUGCAGAAGAGAAACUGAAAAAGAAGCAAUGUGAGUGGAUGGAAAGGGAGAAUCAGCUGUCCACUGCAGAGGAAAAUUUGAAAUUAGUUUCAGGAGAAGCACACAAUUACAAGCAGCAAAUUGAACGAAUGCAAGAAGAACUGCAGCAGGAGGAGAUCAGCUUCAGACACCAGAUUUCUCUUCUUGAGAAGAAGGCUCAGGACAACCGGAUCAAGGGUCGGAUUUUGGAGAGAGAGAUGGCAGAGCAGAGCAGGGAAGCCGCGUACUUGAGACACAGAUUGGCAAUCAUUGAAAAGCAGGGACUGCAAGAGAAAUACGGGGUGCCGAAACUGGUGCAAGGAAGACCUGGGACGCAGAGACCCCCCGGGAGAGAUACAGGACCUGGCAUGGCUCCCAUGACAAACAGCAAUUCUUUCCCUACUAAGGAUGUACAAAAGGGCCAGGUCAGUAUGGAUGCAAGAGGGCCCUUUCCUUUCGCAGGACCACCCAGCAUGCCCUACCCCAUGGGCUGCCCUUUAUCACCACUCAAGGGCUGUGGGCCUCUUCCACCUCCUCCACCCUGGCGUCCUCUGGGACCCCACCCAGUGCCUCCACAUCUUCCAGAUGGAGAACCAGUUUAAAUUUGAAGAGAAUCUUGAGCCAUGGCAAGCAGACUAUGGUAAUAGGAUCCUUAGAGGUGUCAGAUCUACAUUCUGGCCCGAAUGUUUCCCUGCCCCUUCCACUACUGUCUCUCCCAUUGUCAGUCCUAAUAAACCUUCCACGCUUCUA